AUGUUCCGCCGGAGCGAUGAACUCGUCUCCAACUAUCAAAUCAAAGGCACAGCACUCGACUGCGACAAUAAUGGCGAAGUAUUGGCGGUCGCCGGGUAAGAAACUUUAGUUUUUCUGGAUUUAGGCCGUCAUUUAGAAUAUCUUUUCUUAAAAUUUUAAAAAAGGUCGAAGCCUUCUAAAAAUGUUGAAAUUACGCUCGACUGUUUCAGCGGAUACAUGGUAAACUUGGUCGGACUUCACGGAAGUGGGGUAGCACAUCUUCGCGAGAAAUGUCCUUGUGGUGUAGCUAGAAUGGUUCGAUUCCAUCAUAAAUACUCAUUCUUUUGUGUUGCAGUAAGUUUUUACUUUUAUUUUUGUCGUUUUUAGGUUCAAACUUCAUGAACAUGCUUUCAGACCCCAAACUCUCUAGACUUUUUCCACGAAACCCGAUGUUUUAACCGUAUCUAUCAAAAUGGCAAAGUCCUAGACUUUGAUUUUAACGUUCAAAACGAUAACCUAGUUGUAUCAUCCACAACUAACUCUGUUUCUAUCUUCGACGUCAGGGAGCCACGGAAACCAUCAGUGACAUUAUCGACAAUUUUUGGCUCACAGCAAGCGAAAUUCAGUAAAUUUGAUCAGUAUCAAGUUAUCAGUGCACACGGCUGUGAUCUACGGUUUUGGGACAUUAGGGUGGGUUUUUUGGUGAUUUUUAGGUAUAUUUAGGAGGUUUUUAAAAAAAAUUGAGCUUUGUACCAAAAUUUUUUAGUUUUGGCAUGAAAUUUCUCGGAGUUUUGAAUUUAAUACCUAUUUUUAUUACUUUUUAACAAUUUCAUGACAUUUCAGAACUCAUCAGCCCCAAAACGACAAAUUAUGGCACAUGAAGGACGUAUAGUAGCAUUAGAAAUGAACCCUACUAAACCUAAUGUUAUGAUAACAUCAGCUAUGGAAGACACUUUUAAAGUUUGGAAUCGGUACGAUGAAAUUGACACUUCACAAGUAGUACUGUUGAGUCAUGACAGAGUUGGCAAAGUUAUUUACUCGGUAAGAAUUGAUAUUAUUUUUUUUGAGUUUAGAGAUUCCCAUAACACUAAAAGACGUUUCAUUGUAUUAUUAAUAGGAUAAUAUAAUAGGUCUCUUUUCAGCCAUCAGGAGACGAGUUCAUAUCAAUAUCAGUACCAGAAACGGCAAGUGACGUGAAUACAGUAAAGUUAUGGAAGGCUCCAACAUACGAAAACCCGCAGGAGUUGAGGAAAGGCCUCAAAGACACGUAUGCAGAUGCAUGCUGGCACAAAGGUGUUACUGGACCCUACAAAUACUUAUUCACGUUAGGGAAGAACAGUCGUUUAUUGAGGAAUCCAAUCACUGGGAAUGGGCUGGUAAGAUAAACUUAAAAGACGAUAAAGGGCUUGAUUAUUUUGUCUCACCGAACUGUUUUGUGUAAUUUGGUACUGUACUGUACUGUUCUUAGCCUUAUUUGGUUAGUACCAUACUAAAUUGAUAAUAAUACCAAAAUAAAAAUUUUUAGAAUGAUACCCCGAAUGAAAUGCCAGUGCCAAUAGUCCAAUCGGCCGAAGACAGGAAACGUGACAAACAGUUGUUAGGAACUUCGCAAUUGCGCAGAAAAGGUGACAAUUCGGUCGAUGAUGACAAUUCAAUGACUCACAGAACACCAAGUUGGACAUUAUUCACGGACGAAUGGAGUGGCUGGGUCAGAGCGCCAAAUCAAGACGGUGGAGAUCUUCUCAGCGAACUGGGGUCGUUAAGGAAAGUGAACGCUGUUGGACUGACUACUAGUGAGGUAACCUUUACUUUGUCUUGUAGUAUUUGAUGUUACAGGACUUUACUUUGUAUAUUGUAUCUUAUCUUCUCCUUUCUGCUCCUAUUUCUACUUUAACAUACUAUUCAAAUCCUAACCUACAAGUAAAUUUGCAUUUCGUUCAUAUUGUAUUGAUUUUAAGGUCAAUUUCCAAAGAGCAGCGAUAGGAUUCAACUACUCUCACCGUGCCAGAUGCAAGCGUAUCACGAUUGAAAUGCGUUUUCACAAACAAUUUUUGGAAAACGGAUGGAUUUAUAUGGAGGUAGUGCAGAAAGACUCGCCUUUGGAUGCGGAUUUGGCCAAGAAGCUGCUACAAUUAAUUCAGGAGGAGAGUAGGAACCAAACCCAAGCUGGAGGGCCAUCAACAGUAAUGGCUAGGGUACUGGAGCAGUUGCCUGUUAUUGUUGAAAAACUUAAUGUAAGUUAGGCUCAGGUUUGGUGGGAUUAGCCCUAGUAGGCUUAGGCUUAGCUUUAGUAGGCUUAAGCUUAGUAGGCUUAGGUUUAGUAAGCUUAGGCUUAGUAGGCUUAGGCUUAGUAGGCUUAGGCUUAGUAGGCUUAUGCUUAGUAGGCUUAGGCUUAGUAGGCUUAGGCUUAGUAGGCUUAGGCUUAGGCUUAGUAGGCUUAGGCUUAGUAGGCUUAGGCUUAGUAGGCUUAGGCUUAGUAGGCUUAGGCUUAGUAGUCUUAGGCUUAGUAGGCUUAGGCUUAGUAGGCUUAGGCUUAGGCUUAGUAGGUUUAGGCUUAGUAGGCUUAUGCUCAGUAGGCUUAGGUUCAGUAGGCUUAGGUUUAGUAGACUUUUGGUUAAUUAGAUUUAGGCAUAGCAGGCUUGUUUUUUUAUUAGGCUUAGGCUUACUAGGAUUGAAAUUUAAAAACUCUGAUUUUAGGUAUUCACCGACGCUAUGGACAUCCAAUCCUCAAAAACUACAGUAACCAGCACCGAUUCCUCAAUGACCGAAGACACCGCAAGUCAUACGGUAGAACCCCCAGACUACGGUAUGCGUUUCUUUCCAAUAAGUUAUGGACCAGCUGUCUAUGACAACUUGGUACCAGCACCUCGUCUGUGUGGUGCUCGAUUUAAUACGAAUGGCAUCUUGUGCACCUUUGGCAAACUAACUCAAAUACCGGUCGAAGGAGUGUCGGCUGAUGUUACUUUUCCGAAAUCGACCGAAAAACCAAAACUGGAGAAUAAGAAAGUGACAAUGAAGCGAUUGUCAGAAGGCAGAUUAAGCGAUAAAUCGAAUAGGCUUAAAGUGCAACAACCUCCAAAGUCACCAAGUUUGUUAAGAGCGAACCCGGAUGGACAAAUGAUAUACCCAAAGACACUGGUCGAUUAUUAUCAGUGUGGUAAGUUAGUUUUUUUUGAGCUCAGAGCCCUAGCCCAGAGCCCAAGCUCAGAGCCCUAGCCUAGAGCCAUAGCACAGAGUCCUAGCCUAGGGCCUUAGCCCAGAGUGAUAGCCCAGAGCUCUAGCCCAGAGUUCUAGCCCAGAGCCCUAGCCCAGAGCCCUAGCCCAGAGCCCUAGCCCAGAGCCCUAGCUCAGAGCCCUAGCCCAGAGCUCUAGCCCAGAGCCCUAGCUUAGAGCCCUAGCCUAGAGCCCUAGCCCAGAGCCCUAGUCUAGAGCCCUAGCCCAGGGCCCUAGGCCAGAGCCCCAAUUUUAGCCUUGCCUAAUUAAUUUUACAGCAUAUGGAUUUUCAGAAAGGGAUCUACAGUAUCCACAUAUUGAAAAAAAAUUUGCUAUAAAACUAAAAGUAAUAUUUUCAGUAACCCAAGAGCACGUUGGAUAUCUACAUCAGAUAGCAGAACGAGCAGCGUCAGCUCGUCGUGUUGGUAACAUUACCGAAACAACUGAUCGAUUGUCCUUCUCAACAGCUUCACCGCUAAAUGCCUACAGUCAUAAUCUACUGGAAAAUGUUCGAAAUGCCAAGAAUUCGAAUCGAGUAUUUGGGGUAUGGUAUUUUUAAUUUUUGGAAGGGAGUGUGGUGUUUAUGUAUAUUAGGUGCCGACAUAAAGAACCCGCCAUACUUUUCCUGUAAUUUCCUGUAAAACAUGGCGGGUUCUUUAUGUCGGCACCUAAUAUUAUAUCUUUUUGGAGGGGGGGGAGGGGUGCGGCGUUCUAUUGUAAUGCCUCGCAGGAAUAUGCAGUUAGAGUGCCAUACUUGCGGUAAUUUGUUGGGUCGUUUUACACCGAGGCAAGUAUUAUAUAAAGUCAUAAUGUUACGUAAGAAAAAGUUGCGCAAUACGAUUUCUUGCAAUUUCUCUGAGGCUAUCUUAAUAUAUUUCAAUAUUAUGCAAUCUCAAAAAUUUUUUAUGAGCGUGACGAUGAGAGCAUGCUUACAAUAACAUUUGUGAUAUCUCAAUAUGGUCUUUUGAUACCUUGAUUCAGGAGGCUUGUACACAAUAGGAUUGGCUAUAGUAGGCUUUAUCUAGUAGGUUUUGGUUUAGGCUUAGUAGGUUUGUGCUUUGCAGGCUUCAUUUAUUACUAGGCUUAGGUUUAGUAAUUUGAGGCUUAGUAAGGUUAUGCUUUGUAGGCUUGGUCUUAGGAGGAAUAGGUUUACUAGGCUUAGGUUUAGGCUUAAAUAGCCUUUUAUUUGUUUUCUACUAAUUAAAAUUUUUAAAUAUUUUAGUCCUCUCCAGUAUCAUCGCUAAACAUGAUGGUUCAACGAAAUGCCAGUCUACAUUCAAAUCCAGCCGCAUUUGCUCAACGCCGCAGGGUCAGCUCAAUGUCGGCAGGAAUAGUGAAUGAAGAGACCAACAAUCUACUGGAACCUCAAUUUUCGACGAAUGUCUUGGUUAUCGAUUGCAGUAUCUACGAAGGAUUGUCGAAAGGAUUGGCUCAGAAGUACAAGUAAGCUAAGGUUUUUGAUUUUUAUUGAGACUUGGUUUAGAUUUGUCAGAAUUUUGAAUUUUUGGUCGAAUUUUAAUUUUUUUGAAAUUUGGGCCGAAAUGCACUAACUAAAUUGAUUUUUUAAAUUUUAGAUUGAUUGGAGGUUCAGCAUCAGAGAUAUGUUAUCAUAACUUAUGGGCCGUCAUCAGUGAAUAUCCCGACCGACCGGAUUUGAUCAGUUUAUGGCAAAUUUUGUACGAAUUCAUGUGCGCCAGUGAGGAAAAGUAAGGUUUUGUUAUUUCUAUCGACUUUUUGACCGAAAAAUCAUAAUUUUGAAUGGAAAUUUAAAUAUUUGUAUAUUGAAAGGUAGUUUUACAGGAUGCGCCAAAAGUUCUGUUACACGGUUUUUUAAUCAAAUAUUUAUUUUAACAGCAAAUAUAACUAAAACAACAACAAAAAAUAUAACUAAAACAACAAUUAACAAUAGUAAUAUAUAGUAAUAGUUAUAGUCAAAAAGUAAAAAAUAAAGCUUAAUUUUGUUGUUUCAGAGAAAUUCAAGCCUAUCUUCGAAACGAAAUUGAAUCCGAUUUUAUUGGAGCAGAAAUCCUAUCGUACGACAGUACCACUAGCCCAGUAACGACAGAAUUGUAUAAUCGAGAGCGAUUACAACUUUGCGCAUUGGAAUUUAUGACCCCGGACCCAUUCGCAAACAAACAUGGCUCACAUCCGUGUGGACGAGAGUUCUUGGCCACGUUGUGAGUUUUAAAGUUUGAACCUUUAUUUUACUUAAAUUUUAAAAUUUGAAGUUUUAUUUUUACGUUAAUUGAGUUAAAAAGUUUAAAAAAUGUUUUUAGCGUUGAAUUUUACUAUCAACGACAUGACAUUCAAACCGCGGCUAUGGUAAUAUGUGUGAUGAAUGAAGCCAAUAAAAGAAACAACGAGUUAUUACAAUUGGAAAGUCCGCGAGAGCUGAAAGCUAAACGGUCGACUAGUGCUGAACGAGAGGUUGGUACUAUAUAGCACUAAAUUUGUUUUGUUAGUACUAAUAAUUACUAUUAAAAUUUAAAAAAUUAAUACUAUUAAGUAUAAGUACCAGGGACGUCGCUACGGAUUUUCUCUGAGAAAGGGGGAGGUCGAAAAAAAAUUUUUCGUCGACAGGUAGGGACCUGUGGACCGAUUUUUCAAAAAUUUUUUUUUUCGUUUUGUCGCGUACAGGUACCUACCUGUGCAAUUUUUUUUCGGAUCGGCUCUGGGGGGAGGGGGGUACCCCCCCCCUCUCCCCCCUCCCCCCAAACGACGUCCCUGAUAAGUACUGUUAGUAUUAAUAAGUGCUAGUACUAAAUAGUACUUGAAACCAAUUUUUAGUACUAAAAAGUACCUAAAUGUGUAUAAAAAUUUAUUGAUAAACAUAUAGUAUUCAAAAUCACAUUUUCAGUACCGAUCAUCUCCAGAGAGACGAGCCAGAACCUUCCGAAAAAGUGGCAAACUUCACUACCGUUCCUCACAAUACUGCCCGUUAUUCAUAACUUCCGAAGAUCCCGAACCCAUGGAUCCAGAAGCCAUGAAAGAGUACUACGAUAGAGAUGCCAAAAUUCGUUUAGCCAAUCUAAGUCAUAUUGAGAAAUCAACGAGAAAAGAAAUGGUAUUCAGUAGUAAGGAGAGUAAAAGUCAAGACGAAACAAGAUCGUCGUAUGAUCCACCUACUGAAAGUAAUUUGGAUGAAACUAGAGAAAAGAAGGAAGAGUUUGUUGAGUAUCCAACAAUCAUGAGGCUGGAAGGAGUGGAGGACGAGGAUUUUGAAGUUGUGUAAGGAUUUCACUAUAUGUUUUGGAGCUGGGGUAGUAAGUGGGAUAUGAUAGGACUUAUGUGUAGGAUGGGGCAGCAGUAGAUAAGUUUUAAGAAGGUAGGGUUGAAUAGGGCAGCGUAAGCUACAUUAGGUGGGUAUGAUAAAAUAUUGUAGAGAAGUAAGGUAGGGUAGAGUAGGGUUGGGUAGGGUAGGGUAGGGUAGGGUAGGGUAGGAUAGGGUAGGGUAGGGUAGGGUAGGGUAGGGUAUGGUAGGGUAGGGUAGGGUAGAGCAGGGCAGGACAGGGCAGGACAGGACAGGGUAGAGUAGGGUAGGGUAGAGUAGGGUACACUAGAGUAGCGUAGGGUAGCGUAGGUUACGGUAGGGCAAGGUAAAACUCAAAAAAAAUUUUUAUAAAGUGAAAAAAUGAAUUAUAGAGAAAACGACGCCUGGAUGGAAGAAAAAUUUGAUAAAAUCCGUGACGAAUACGACGUGUUUCUAUGCCGCUGGGGCUUGUUAAAUCAUCGUACUGAGCUGAACAAGUACGCAUUGAAACCGGAAGAGACUUUGCUGAUUAAACGUAAGUGCUUUGAAUUUAAAGUUAUGGUACUAGUUCAGUAUUAGGUUGAAACAAAAGUAGUGGGACACUUUUUAGUUGAAAAUCAAAUGUAAAAUGUCCCGCUACUUUUGUUUUGACCUAAUAAAUUAGCACUUUUUUAUAUUACCCAAGGCUGUAGUUUGAGAAGAGGUACCCUGCGCUUUAAAAAAUUUUAAAAAAUUUUAAAAAGUUUAAAAAAAGCUUUGUAGAAGUGAUAAAAUGCUCGAAAUGUGACCGAAUCUGUGACGAUUCGCCGAUAUGUUCGGAUUGCGAAGUGCCAGCACUAUGGUGUAUAAUAUGUGAUGAGCCAUGUGAAGGUCACAUUGCUAUUUGCUCGUUAUGUGGUCAUGGUGGACAUCCACAACAUCUGAAUGAGUGGUUUAAGAACUUUGAUCAGUGUGCUGCUCUAUGUGGGUGUAGGUGUAGUUUGUAG